AUGGGCCUGCAUAAUCGUGACCAAAUUUUCACCGAUCUUCUUCUAUAUUUUCCUGGACGUUCGGCCCGUUCUCUUCAGGCACGUUUUAAAACACUUAGAAAGUGGGCAAAAUUAUGGUAUAAUUUACGUGAACAAGUAACUGGAAGACUAGAGGAUUCAGUCAGUUGUGAUUCUUCAUUACCAUCGGAACAGAAUGUUCUGUUGUAUUCACCGUUUGCUACACAAUUUGUAAAUCAGUUGAAAAGUGCCGGCGUUCCUGAUCCAGAAACAGAGGCUUAUAGAAUCCUGACCACGUGCAAAAUAUCUAAAGAUCGCGUUAAAUCGUCUAACUACAGUUGGUCCAAUAAAGGUUGGAAUCCUAAUCCAAUCGAUAGCGAUUUUAUACAACUUUUGGAUGAUUUAGUUUCUGGCGUUUUAUUUCAGCAGCAUACUUCACCGCAUAAUGACUCGAAUCAGACAAAUAUUAUUUCUCAUUCAACUCAAUCAAAUAAUCCAGGUGAACAAGAACAGAACAAUGAAGUUAAUGAAACUCAAAAGAAUGCAACCCUUGAAAUUUCGGAACCAAAUGCAUUGUUCAGACAACUUACAUCUUCAGAAUCCAAGUGGAUUAUACAUCAAACUCAGAUAAAACAUGUUCUAGUGGGUCCUGUACGCAGAUACCUUACUAUAAUGUCUGGAAAUCGUGUCCCAAAUACAAUGCAUGGAUCAUCAUCUGUAUUUAUGCAACAUCGUAAUUCAAUAUCUAUAACUAAUCGUUGUAAAGAGAAUCGAGCUUCAUUAUUAUUACGUAAAGAACAUUUAUUUUGGAUGACACUUGAUCAAGUAAUGUGUGAUCCAAAGGUGAAAUCAUCGUUGCAACAAAUAAAUAAAAUAUCAAUGUUAAGGACUGCAGCUCCUUUUAUUGCUCGUCGAAUGGUAUCGCAUUUGAAAAAUAAAUCAUUUACUCAAACUGUUUAUCAACAACGAAAAGAAUUGAAAAUCAUGAAUUAUUCUAAUUCACUUAAACGAAAAAGUGAACGUUGUACGAAAAAUUUAAGAAAGAGAAUAUUUGAGAAACAUUCUGGAAAAAAACAAAAUAACUUGGAGUCUUGUCAUAAUCAAACAAAACAAUCGAUAACUGCAGAUGAUUCACUAACUACAUGCAGUCUAGAAAAUUCCACAUCUACAGUUGUAGCAACUUCUUCAGAUGAGACAAUGAUAACCAUGUCUAACACAACCAUAGCUAACAACAGCACUAUCACAACAACAACAACAACAACAACAAGAACCAUUGAUGCUGUUAGUACUACUAGCUACACCACCACUACUGAUAGGAUUGGUUCUACUUCAAGUCCUUAUAAUACAACUAUUGAAAAAUAUUCUAUUAAAUUAACGGAAACAAAACAAAAGCUGUUAUUACAAAUUCAUGGUCUUUUAAAAGCUUUCAGAAGGAAAAAAUACAAUUGUUCCAGUGCUUAUGCUUUGUCAACCAAUAUUUGGUCUCGACGAAUGAACGCUGUAGAAGCAAAGGUUAGCAGUCAAGAACGAUAUAUUCCACCUGUUAUACGUGGUUUACCAUCUGAAAUUAGUAUUCUUCUAUUUCAACAACCUAAUUUAAUAAAUACACGUUGUUUGGAAAUUGCACGAUCAUGCUUACUGAAUGGUUUAAAUAUGCAUAUAAAUAAAACAAAUUUAUCUAAAGGAACAGAUUCUGUAAAUAAAUGUACUACUAUUGAUCAGUCAGUUACUCAUACAACAUCAUCAUUCAAUACAAUUGAUUCGCAAUCGAUACAGCCUAAAAGGGUACGGAUUCUACCGCCAAAUUAUGCUACUAUAUUAGGUUUUAAAAGUCUUCUAAUGAAUUUAUCUACAUUGUUGGAAAAGGAGAAAGGGAAAUUUUCACAAUUUACUGAACUUAGGCAACUGUUUUGUGCAUUUCCAGGACAAACUAUCACAGAUGAAGAAUUUGAGCGAAAAUUAGAAGAGGCCAAAUCAUCUACUUUAUUUGCUCAUCCAAUUCUCAAUACAGCGCAUAUACUUUUAUCUGCAAAAUAUACAAAUUUUAUUAACAGAUCACUAGCUCUUUUUUUAUGGCCUGCACUAUUGGCAAGCAUACCUGCUAAAUCAUUUAUGGAAAAUGCUAAAUGUCAUUGGAAAGAUGCUUAUGAACAUUCAAUCACUAAGUAUCCUCAGCCAAAUGAUAACGAAAUCAUAGAAACACAAAACGAUGAUACCAUCGUUCGUGUUAACGAAUUUAAACGAAAACGACAAAGGAAGAAUUAUCCGGACAGAAUACCUAAUAAAAGGUUGAAAAGAAAUCACAAUUACAAGGCGUUACUUAAUUUUCACUGGACAAGAUAUGGUUGGGCUAAUCGAACAAAUUCUAGUGUAACAUUUACAAUAACCGGUAAAAAUGAUGAGUUACUGUCGAUCACUUUACCUAGUGAAAUAAGGAUAUUGUACUCUUGUGGUUUCAAACCUGAUUCAUUUUUAAAUCUUAGAAAAUAG